UCUGGAUUGUCCUUACCUCUUCUUAUAAUCAUCCAUAGUUUUUCUACACAAAAUAGUUAGUACGGCUACAACUUAUAGUGAAACAAAAAAUGUAUAAGGACGUUCAUGUUGAUCUUGGUAGCCUUAGGAAAAUCGGAUCAUCCACCGGUAAAUGUUCUGCAGCGUGAAUCAAGAAGUUGUGUCAUCACAGUUCGAAAAGAAAAGAGGACGGUGGAGAUCAAAUUUUUGAUUCACGCUGCAGCUGCAUGUAUGCAUAGGUGUGGAAAACCAUUCACGGCUAGGGCCCGCUUCCGAUGGCAUCGGCAUGUCGUUAUGCACAUGGCGAUGCAUCCGGCUCAAACGACGAGCUCUAUCAAAAUUACGGCCCAACAAUCACUCCUCACCGCAGCUUCUCCGUCCCCGGCAUGCAGUGCAUGGAACGAUCGCUACGUCGUCACCGUCAACCGUGAAGCCGCCGCGGUCGGGCCGUCGCCGGGGUUGGAGUUGGCAGAACGGCCGGCCGAGGACGGGAAACGAUCGAUGACGACGCAACCGGCGGUGGGCGACCCUCUGUCGGACCUAUGGGAGCACCUGAUGUCGCCGAACAGGACGCACCUCUCCUGCUUCUACCCGAGCAAGAUCACCAUGAGCGGCAUCUGGACCGGCGACAACCCUCUCGACUUCUCCCUCCCGCUCAUCCUCUUCCAGAUGCUCCUCAUCACCUCCACCACCCGCGCCGCCACCCUCCUCCUCGCCCCGCUCGGCCUCCCCCGCUACAUCUCGGAGAUACUCGGCGGCUUCGUUCUCGGGCCCUCGGUGCUGGGCCGGCUCCCGCACUAUACCGACAUCGUUUUCCCCCCGCGCAGCAUCUUCAUCCUCGACUCCAUGGCCCUCUUCGGCCUCGUCUACUACAGCUUCACCAUCGGCGUCGAGAUCGAGGUCCCCACCAUCACCCGCGCCGGCUUCCGGAGCUUCUGGUUCGCCGGCGCGUCGGCGCUCCUGCCUUUCCUUAUCGGCGCCACCACCGGCUACGUCGCCCUCGGCACCGACGAUUCCCGUAAGAAUGCUGACUUCGUCGACAGACUCUCCUUUCCCAUCUUCCUCGGGUCCACCUUCGCCUCUACCGCCUUCUCCGUGCUCGCCCGCAACAUCGCCGAGCUCAAGCUCGCCGGCACCGACGUCGGCCAGAUCACGCUCUCCACCGCCCUCAUCAACGACACUAUCGCGUGGACCGGGCUCACCGUCGCCACGGCGCUCUUGUACGCGGAGGACAGCGGGUUGCUCCCGUCCGUGUGGACGCUCCUGUCGGGGCUUGUCAUCUUCGGCGCGAGCGUCCUCCUGGUCCGGCCCGCGCUCGUGCGGCUGGCGCAACGCGCGACCAUGGAGGGGGAGGUAAUCGGUGAGGAGCGUGAGUGCGCUGUGCUUGUCGGCGUCAUGGUGGCAGCUCUCGUGGCGGACGCCGGGGGCACACACGUCAUCUUUGGGGCCUUCGUGUUUGGGCUCGCCGUGCCCAACGGGCCCGUCGGUGUGGAGCUGGUGGAGAAGGUGGAGGACUACGUGGUGGGGACGCUACUCCCGCUCUUCUUCGCCAUGUCCGGACUCCGCACGGACACCUCCAAGGUUACCAGCAUGGAGGCCGCCGUGCUGCUGAUGGUUGCCACCAUUGCCGCGUCGGUGUUGAAGGUGGUCGCUUGCAUCGGUGUGGCCGCGGGGUUCGGCAUGCCGCUGCACGACGGCACGUCCAUUGGGCUGCUGCUCAACACCAAGGGGGUCAUCGAGCUCGUCAUCCUCAACAUCGCAAGAAACAAAAAGAUCAUGAGUGACCAGUCGUUCACGGUGCUGGUGUUCAUGUCGGCGCUGAUCACAGCGCUGGUGAGCCCGUUGCUGACCAUGGUUGUCAAGCCGGCCCGCCGCCUCGUCUUCUACAAGCGGCGCACCGUGGCGUGGCCGCAGCCGGACGCCGAGCUCCGCGUGCUCGCUUGCGUGCACGUGCCCCGCGACGCCCCCGCGGCCAUCACGCUUGUCGACGUCCUGUGGCCCUCGCGGCGCUCACCUAUCGCCGUGCACGCCCUUCACCUCAUCGAGUUUGCCGGUCGCGCCUCGGCUCUCCUCUUGAUCAACGCCGCUGCCCCGGCCGCCUCUUCCUCUGAGUUCUCGGACCAGGGCCGGAGCCACGUGGAGAUGCAGUUCAAGCACAUCGCCCACGCCUUCAUGGCUUACGCGGAGAACCACGCGCCAGGCGGCGUCUUGGCGCGCACCAUGGCCGCCGUGUCGCCGUACGCGUCCAUGCACGAGGAUAUCACCGCCGCCGCCGAGGACCAGCACUCGGCGCUCAUCGUGCUCCCGUUCCACAAGCACCGGUCGGUGGACGGCGGCAUGGAGGUGUCCCACCCGGCGAUCCAGUCGCUGAACGCCAGCGUGCAGUCCUGCUCGCCAUGCACGGUGGCCAUUCUCGUCGACCGGAGCCUCGGCAGCGGCGGCACCUUGCCGGGUGGAGCCGGCGGGUAUCGCGUGGCGGCGCUCUUCUUCGGCGGGCGCGACGACCGCGAGGUGGUGGCCCUGGCCACCCGCAUGGCGCGCAACCCGGCCGUCGACCUCACCGUGAUGCGCUUCGUCCAGAAGGGCAGGGCCGGCAGCAUGACCUCGAGCGAGUUCGACGCCCUCAAGGAGCGCAAGGCCGACGACUGGUGCAUGCGGGAGUUCCUGGAGCGAGCCAACGCCGGCGGUGGGGGCGUGGACUACUGCGAGAGGGGGGUGUUCAACGCGAGCGAGAUGGUGGCGGAGAUACGGAACGUGGAGGCGGCCGGGAAGGACCUUUUCUUGGUGAGCAGGACGCCGGGGGCGACGGGACUGACGGCCGGGAUGUCGGACUGGAGCGAGUGCCCGGAGCUGGGGCCGAUCGGGGACCUGCUUGUGUCCAAGGACUUCCAGACCAAGGCGUCCGUGCUGGUGGUGCAGUCCUACGGGAGGGCGGCGGCGUCGUCGGCGUCGGCGUCUUCCGAAUUUGCUGUUGGCGAGGCCGUCUUGCCGGCGCCAGAGGCCAUCAUGCCGGCGACCUCCAUGGGGCACCCGCCAAGGCGCCCACGACAACAUUCACAUUCUGACAUUAUGCUUUGAUAGUAUAGUUUGGUAAUGCUUGCUAGCACAUUGAUUAAUUAAUUAGGGAGCGCCUAAUUUUUGCAGGGGGAUUAGGAAGUGUCUAAUGAUCAGUCGACUGAUGUUAAUUUGAGUGACAGUCAAACAUUUAAUCUA